AGGGGAUGCGUAAGAGUGAUUAGUGACUUGUCAGGUAGUGGGAAUGAUCGAUAAUCAUGGGAGUGAGUAGAAAGAAUGCCUCUUGUAAGGGAGGCAGUGAUUCAGACAGGCCAAGCACAUAUCUCACCGCUUCUCUUUAUAUUGCCCGUUCCUCUUGUUCAAUAUUCCUUUACUUCUUGCCUUUAUAGACUAAACCACCCUCUCCUUCUCUCUCGCUUCUUCGUCAACCUCCUUCUCACUCGUAAUUGGAGCGCUGGAAGAUGCGGAACAUGACAAGCUGUCCCUCCUCCCGAGGCAUUGCUGCUAUCGUCGGCGUCGGCCCCAAGCUCGGCCGAUCAAUCGCCCGCAAGUUUGCUCACGAAGGCUACACCGUUGCCAUCCUCGCUCGUGACCUAGGGAGGCUGUCGAGGUUCGCGGACGAGAUAGCGAGGGAGGAGAAGGCACAGGUAUUCGCAAUACGAAUCGAUUGCUCCGAUUCGAGAAGCGUGAGAGAGGCAUUUGAAGGAGUGCUGUCUCUAGGAUUUGUGGAGGUUCUUGUCUAUAAUGCUUACCAGCCACUUUCUUGGAACCGCACUUCCUUCCAUGACGUUCGCGUCGAGUCUUUUGAGAAAUCUCUCGCCGUCUCUUCCGUCGGUGCCUUCCACUGCGCUCAACAGGUGCUGCCGGGCAUGGUGGAAAGGGGAAAAGGCACAAUUCUCUUCACUGGCUGUUCGGCUUCUCUAAACGGCAUUGCUGGUUUCUCCGAACUUUGCUGUGGGAAAUUCGCUUUGAGGGCACUAUCGCAGUGUCUGGCCAGGGAAUUUCAACCCCAGGGAGUGCACGUAGCGCAUAUUAUCAUCGACGGUGUAGUUGGCCCACCUAGGGGACCAGCGGCUUUACAGAAAGCGUCCAUUGUGGAACAGCCCGGUGGAGUAGGGGACGGCUUGAUGGAUCCAGACGCUCUUGCUCAGACCUACUGGCACUUGCACGUUCAGGAACGUAAUGCUUGGACCCAGGAGAUUGACCUCCGUUCUUCCACAUCAAGAUUCUUCUAGCCACUUCUUUUCCCUUCCCCGCCCAUUCCCUUUCUCGGUUAUUUGAGUCUCUCUUACUCAAUUAUAUGCUCUUCCUUGAUCUCAGUUAUACAUAGGAGUGAGAAGAGGUCAAGAGAGAAGUUUUUAUUUUGUAUUUUCUUAAUACUUCCUCUUUUUUUUUUAAUAAAAAAUGUAUGCAUAUAAAUAUUCACGAAGGGCUUGUUGUAAAGUUGCCGUCAUUUCUGAAACGCAACCACUGAGAUUUGGCAUUUCACUCUAAAACAUGAUUAGCGAAAAUUUUGUCGGUAAUGGGACGACUUGUAUGGGGGGAAGUGGGAUAUAAUAGCGUGAUGGGAACCUCGGAAAAGUUAGGUGUGGGGGAAGGGGCGGGAUGGGGACAGGGUUGCAUGGAUGAAAGAAGGACUUCGUGUUCCAAUGUAGGACACACAAACUCUGUGUACUUGCUUCAAUCUGAAACACUUUUUUCCCUAUGAGCACAGUAUGAACUCCUGCUCAUUCGCAUGGAGAUGGGAAUAAAAAUGUUUUCAUUGGGGGACAAAUGGAGAGUGAGUGGUAGCUCUCAGAUAAAGGGCACUUGGGGGGAGGGGUUGACGUACGCGUGUCAGUGGCGAUAUUUGUCGGAGGAGCCGUUAACCAUUGUAGGGCGGAGGGGCUUCACUGACAACUCAGCUACUUUGGAUAACGUGAUCGCGGGCUCCACCACAAUGAAUGUGAGUGGGUCUUGCAUGAUUCGGUGAAGGAGGGUGAUGCUUCCAUUCACAACUGAGCUUUGCUAUUGCUAUCAUAUCAGACCCAGGACGUCAUGCCAGUCCCGUCUCAAAAGUUUUUAUAGCACCAGGCCUCGUCUUCAGGCUCUCCCAGCCUCCCUGCCGCCCCCUUCAUUCGCCUCUCGACUAAUGACCGCGCUCCCUGCUGCUGCGCGUUUGCCCCUUGGAAAACAAUCUUUGAACAGUUUUACUGUUCUUCCUGCUCACUGUAAAGGUUAAAGCAUGUUUGCUUUUAGGUGAUGACCCAUGCAUGGGCAAGCCUCGGUCUA